AUGAGACUCGAGCUGAUAUUCUUAGCUACAACACACGGCCCAAGCGAUCAUUUGAAUGUUGCCAUUGAUGAACGAGAAACAAAAACGAUUUUGUUUUCCAAAACAAAAACGUUUGAAGAUUUGCAAAGCUCAAGUGGUGUCGACAUUUUACUACUCGAUUCGUUAUUAAACGACACUUUUGCCGUCUAUGACCCGAAGUCCCUGGUUGUGGCAGCUCGUUGUGAUUCGGCUAAAGCACUUGAAAUAAAAAACGAAUAUGGCUUUCAAGAAGUCUAUUCGUUCAGUGAACCACAAGAAAAGGAUUUUUUUGAAAUUCAAAAAGGCGAUGAUAUCUACAUAAUGCCCAAAAACGCUUUCAUUCAAAAAGAUCGUAUUUUAUACCCAAACAACACACGAAUUCACUCCCGACUUUGGCAAUAUGGAAAACGAUUGUCUUGUGAAAAUGUCACAAUGGUUAGGAACACAACAAAAGUGGUGAUCUCGCAUUCUGAUAUGCCUCUUGUGGCUUUUGUUAGAGAUCUGAUCCUUCGUCGAGGCUCCAUUCCGUUCAUAGUCUCCGGAACACUACUUGGAUGGUACCGUGAAUGCUCAAUCAUUCCACACACCCGUGACAUGGAUUUCGCCUCUUUCCACUACGAGUGUCCAUUCGAUAUGCUGAAUAUCAUCAAUACUCUUGAAUUGCCCUGGCUGUGGCCGUAUCGAGAGUAUGGACGACCAGACGACAAUUGGAGUUUCACGAUGGAAAUUCGAGGGAACUCCACGUUUUGGAUCGACAUUUUCACCAUGUACUACGAUGAGAAACGAAAUGUAAACUUUGUGUCCGCACUCGCCGGCCUACAAAAGAUGAAAUACACGUAUACAAGAUUUGAUACCCUAUGCGCUGUGGACUUGUUGAACUACGUCUUUUACGCUCCCUGUGAUCCGGAAGCUUAUAUUCGAGCAGACUACGGUCCAGACUGGCGAAUCGAUGUCAACUCGCUUAAAUAUCAUUAUGAUACUUCGCCAAAAAAUGCCGAAAAAAACGGGAAAUUCUUGGCUAAAGAAAAAAGCGAGGUCAUUCGAGAAGGAUUGUGGGACAAAUAUCCAAGGAAAAACAAUAAAAGAAAAAGCGAAAGAAAAGUU